AUGCUGCGCACCAGGCCCCGCAGCCCCUGCGUCGACCCCGCGCCCUGCUGGUCACCUCAGACAUCAGCACCCAGCCCUGCCAAGCGCCGCCGCCUCCACCAGGAGCCCGCGUGCCCAGAACCCCUGGCUCAGCCCGAGUUGGAAGCGCCCGCAGAGCCCACCACCUCCGUGGUGUUCCUGGCCGCCGGCUCUGCCCUGCAGUUGCCCCUGGAUGGCAUCGACCUGCUGUUGGAGCCUGAGCCCACCUCGGUCCUGCAAGUGUCGCUCCAAGGACACACCAUCCUCCUGGUCCCCGAGGGACUCAUGACACAACCCCAGCCAGGACAGCCUGGAUUCGUGGCCAUCAGCCCACAGGGAGCCGCUGCCCAGGACGGGCCCCAGGAUCAUCUAGUCGGUCUCCAGGAGGAAACCUGUGAGUACUUCUACCAAGAGGAUGUCUGUAAUGAGGAUGCAGACUUGGAAUUCCUGGAACCCUGGGCUAGGCCUCCAGAUGAUCAGGCCAAUGGGAGCUUUUUCUCCAUCCCAGGGGUGCCCAGUCCUUUGUUGCAGGAACAAGUCCCAGGGCCUUCCACUGGAGCAGAGCGAUAUUCUCCUAGGUCCAUCUGGGAACUGGACAGCUACCUGCUGGGACCCCUCCCUGGCUCACCACUGCAGCCUCUGCCUCCAUCUCCUUCCCAGAGUCCCCAAGAGCAGCUUCCGCCAUGCCCUCCAUGCUCUCCCCGGGCUCCUUGCAAGGCCCGGAAGCGACUGGUCUAUGACUGA